UUCUCCUUGGAUCUGCACCUAGGGGGCGCUGGUGUGUAAACUGAAAAUGCCUUUUCUGUAAAAGGUCAGAACAGGCUCACAAACACUUUCCCGCCCUGCAGUGUAAAGAGAUAUUCUGACAACAUUUCUUGCUCAAUGACAUGGGAAGCAUCUCAGAAUCCACAGGCAGGUAAUUUUGUUAAGGCAGCCUCUCUUUCUAAGGGUCAGCAUAAUGUCCCUUGGAAGAAGAAAGGUACAUACCUUGUCAUUCCUCACCCUCAAAGCAACCUGGGUUCAAGUUCCCUGGUCAUCAGACUUUUGCUCGUGGGGAGUCGCCCAGGAAGGAGCUCGUUGUCUCUUUGCUGCCCCACCACGAUCUCAGUGUUCACCCUGAUGCUUGAGCUGCUCCUGUUCCUCCUGAGUGAGUACCGUGCCAUUGUACUCCCUUGGCCACACAUGGGACAUUGCUCUGGUUUGCCUUUGAACUGGGACUUUUCCUUUUAGCCAGGUUCAUUGAUUCAGCACUGAUGUUUCAGGAGAAGCCGGAGCCCAGUCAGUGACCCGGCCUGACGACCGCAUCACUGUCCCUGAAGGAGACCCUCUGGGGCUGAGGUGCAACUUCUCAUCUUUGUUCCACCUUUUCUCUUCUGGUACAUGCACCACCCCCACCAAGGACUCCAGCUUCUCCUGAAGUACAUAUGUGGAAACAGCCUUGUUUUAGGCAUCAAAGACUUUGAGGCUGAAUUCAGGAAGGGUGAAACCUCCUUCCACUGGAGGAAAACAUCCACCCAUUGGAGCAAUUCAGACAAAUAUUCUGUGUUUUGAGUGACACGGUGACCGAGUCUGCAGGGGGAGGGGAACACAAAUGUACUGGCACAUUGCAGCUUAAAAGACUCGGGGUCUCAGCUUGAGCUUCUUUUUAAAGCAGUUGGCACGUUCCGUGAAGGCAAACAGUACAGAGAAGACAGAAUCCUAGACAUCGUUGAUUCCUAAGAACAUCCUAGAUUCCACUUCCCUUACCGUCUGUUCUUCCUUCCUUCCUUCCAUCAUCUCUUUCUUUUCUUUUCUUUUCUCUUCUUUCUUUCUUUCUUUUUCUUUCUUUUUUUCUUUCUUUCUUUUUCUUUCGUUCUUGAUCUCUCUCAUUCUCUCGCUCUUUCUUUCUCUCUCUUUCUCUUUCUUUUUCUCUCCCUUUCUCUUUCUUUUUUCAUUUUGAAAAGGAAAGACUAACUUUUUAAGUUCAGUGUUCACAGCAGGGUGGGGCUGAAGGGUGGGGCUUCAUGUCACUGAGGCUCACCUGAGCAGGGUUUGUUGGGUGAGCUGAUUGGCUACAGAAACUGGAACCUGUCCAGAACAAUCCUGACACCCAACCUGCAGGGGUUCAGCUGUGUAUCUGAAGGAGACAAUUUCCCAGAAACAAGGCAGAGUCAUGAAGGGGCUGGUGCGCCCUGUGCUGGGGCUUCUGUUGGCCCAGGUUUGCUGUGUGAGAGGGAUGGAUGUGGACCAGAGCCCCCCAGCCCUGAGUCUCCAGGAGGGAGUCAGCUCCACGCUCUGGUGCAAUUUUUCCUCUUCCACGCGGAGUGUGCAGUGGUAUCGUCUGGCCCCAGGAGGCCACCUCAGCCACCUGUUUACCAUUCCUGCAGGGACCCAGAAGAAUGGCAGAUUAAACGCCACGACAGUCGCUACAGAACGCCGCAGCUCACUGUACAUUUCCUCUGCCCAGACCACAGACUCAGCCACGUACCUCUGUGCUGGGGAGCACAGCGCUCCCCAGGCACCUGCAGCCUGUACAGGAACCCUCCGAGGGGCUCAGCCCCUCCUCCAGCCACCGCCCCACCACGAGGCCCCCACAGGGCAUUCACAUGGCUUUUUGUUCCUCACCUACACUGGUACACAUUUAACCACUGACACUUUUUGGCCCACAGAUUUGGGACUUCGGCCUCUGUCUUCCCUUCUCAAUCUGUAUCUCCUUCUGCACUAGAACCUCUAGUAGCUAGAGGGUCCCUGGUAAGAGGACAGAGUUAAGAUAAUUAUGUAGCCACAGUGUGCCGGAUUCCAAAAUGGUACGAGUGCAAGGAACGAAAAGAACAGAAAGAUCACUCCAAUGAAGAUGUUUUCCAGCUUAGCUGGCUGUCUCAAGAAUGUUCAGGGCUGCCUCACUGCACUGCGUCCCCACAGGCAAUUGCAAAGCCUCCCAUCCCAUCCUGCUGGUGCUGCCAAGCACACCAAAAAUAUGUGCUCAGUGUUUAUACGUGAACCUGGUCACUUCAAACAAAUUUCUUCUCUUGUAGCUCUGGACGCAAGAAGUCUGAGAUCAGUUUCACUGGCUACAGUCAAAGCCUUGGCAGGAUCCAUUCCUUCCUUUGGCUGGACAUUACACACUUAUAAUGUCUUUAUGGUGUCAGUGUAAGUUUGUACCUCUUAAUCCCCUUCACCUCUUUCACCCCCUCUCCCUCCUUUCUCCUCUAAUAACCAGGAGUUUGUCCCCUGUAUCUCUAAGUCGGUUUCUGUUGUUCUGCACUACAGAUGUCAUAUGGAAGUGAAGCAUUUUCCUUCUCUGCCUGACUUACUUCACUAGGUCGUAAAACUCACCAGGUCUAUCAUGUUGUCCCAAAGGACAAGAUUCCAUUCUUUUUCAUGGCUAUGUAAUAUUGCUUUGUAUAUGUGUU